UCUUCCCAACUUUAUUCAUGAAAAAAAUUCCCAACUUUUAUUCAUGAGAAAAAUUCCGUGGAAAACCUUGAAAUUUGCAAAAAAAAACAGAAGAUUUGCCCCCGUGAAAACCCGUAAAAGAAGCCCAUGCCUCUGUUUUUCUCCUAUUUUCCCACUCAUCCUCUAUCUCUCUAGGGCUCUCACACCUCUGUACUCUCUCUCUAGAGCUCUCACACCCCCGCACUCUCCCUUUGUGCACUAGGGCUCUCACACCUCUGCACACUCUCACCCCUGCACUCUCUCUUUGUGCCCUAGGGCUCUCAUACCUCUGUACUCUCUCUAGAAGCUAUCAGCUCUCAUAUCAUUAUGUCCCAACUCUUCAAGCUCUUGAAGCUAUUUCAGGAAUGCAACUUGGAGCAUUAUUGUGGUAUCAAAAUUGCUAUUGUUAGAAGACACUGCUUUCUCUUCCAGCAGGUUAGCAGUGGAAUUUAGAACUUGGGGGUAAGAACCAAGUUGCUUUGAACCCAUAUUUUUUCAGAGGAUUUCCUUGUGAAUAUCAACAGAAAUCUUGCCAACCAGAGAGAACCUAUCAAAUUCUUGGAAAAGAAAGCGCUUCCGCAUCUUUUUACUACAACAAAUAUGGAGCUAUUGCUAUGGUGAUUGAUGGCAUUUUUAAUUAGCUGUUUUCGUGAAAGAAGGUUUAUCAGUGAAGAUGAGUCUCCGACUUUUGAGGUUCAGGUGCUUGUUUCUUGUAUCAAAUGUUUCUUUACAUUGGGGAGCGUUAUCUAAAGCUCAUUGAGCUUAUACAGGGCCUCUUUGCAAGGGUUCAGCAAUAUACUUGUUCAAACUUUGUGUGCCUGCCCAUUAGUGCAAAGAUCUCCAUCUUCUUCAUGUUCCUUUUCAUCUUUCACCCACCAUGGCCAAAGUUAUAUGCUAACCUCCAACUUCUCAUUGAAAAGGAAGAAGUGGCAACAUGAGAGAUUUAUGAGCAAUGCUUUGGUCAACUUGGAAACAGAGAAUGGUAUUGUGAAAUUUGGUCUCGAUGAACCCGCUAGCAAGGUCAAUGGGAGAGGAAGGGGCAAGCAAGUGCGCAAGUACAAGAAAAGGUCCAAGAAAGCAAAAAUCAAUGAGCUGAGGCUGUAUCGCUUGAAGGCUAAAAAGAAAAUGAAAUCCCCAAAUCCUGAAGUUAGGAUUAGAUACAAGCUGGAAAAGGCUAAAAGGAAAGAAGAAUGGCUAAUUGAAAAGCUGAGGAAAUUCGAGGUUCCAAAGGCUCCGCAGCAGGUUUACGACCCUGAAAGCUUGACAGAAGAAGAGAAAUUUUACCUCAAAAGAACAGGGGAGAAAAGAAAGAAUUAUGUUCCAGUGGGCCGCCGAGGAGUCUUUGGGGGUGUAGUUCUCAACAUGCAUCUCCACUGGAAGAGGCAUGAAACUGUGAAAGUUAUUUUCACGCCUUGCAGGCCUGGUCAGGUGCAUGUAUAUGCUGAGGAGCUAGCAAGGCUAAGUAAAGGCAUUGUUAUUGACAUCAAACCCGACAACACUAUAAUAUUCUUCCGAGGAAAGAAUUAUGUGCGGCCAAAGGUCAUGUCACCUCCUGAUACUUUGUCAAAGCAGAACGCCCUUGAAAAAUACAGAUUUGAGCAGAGCCUUGAACAUACAAGUCAAUUCAUUGAGAGGAUGGAGAAAGAAUUGGAGGAUUACCAUAAUCACCUUAAAUUGUAUAGGAAGGAUCAGAAUAUCAUCACCGAAAACGAUUCAACUAUAGAUCAGAAUAUUGUUGCAGAUGACUCUACAGCUUCAUCAUCCGAUGAAUUUUAUGAUUAAAAUUAAUAUUUUUAGCAGGUUCAAUUUCAAAUGCUUCUUGAUUUGCACAUGGUUCUCUCAAUUCGGGUACCCAAGCGUUAGGUUUUUUGUUCAACCAAUUAAAUAUACUAUGUUGGAUUGCAUAUUCAAUGUUAUUACUGUUCAA